AUGAUCAGUGUGUGCUCAGUCAAAGUCAUUGAUCCCAGCAUCAGGCAGCAGAUCUGCUCUCUCUACAGGACUGUGAGAAACUCCAGUCAGACCCAAACCCACACAUUCAUAUGGAGAUGUUGGUCUAUAAGAAGGAGGGAUGAAGCCAGCAGAGAUCAGAUUCUCUCAACAGAGACCUCUACAGCACAGAGAUCCAACCAUGGCACCUACAAUCACUGCAGCAAUGACCGUUUCUCAGGAGCAUCUGACUCUGACCCACAAGUUCGAAUCAACAGCAGCAUUGAGAAGCUCAAGUCUCUCCUGGGUCCAGAGUUCCUCAAACAGCAGCCAGACUCCAAGCUGGAGAAACCAGACAUCCUGGAGAUGACAGUUUGUGUCCUGAGACGACUGCAACAGCAGAAUCAAGCUGUGGACUCAGCAGCUGUCGAUCAGGGCUACUCCAGCUGUGUCCAGGAGGUGAAUCACUUCCUGUCUAAAGAGGAGGUGGAGACACAGUCCCAGAGAAGACUUGUGAACCACUUCAACAAGCUGCAGUCUUCCUCUGAUAAGACGGUGAGAGAGGCUGACAUCUCUCUUCUGAGCUCCACAGUCCAGACCAGCAUUAUCAAAGAGAAGAGUCUGGCCAGGAGCGCCCCCUGGAGGCCGUGGUAGACACCUACAGACUGGAGUUGGUACCAAACAAACUGAGAUGACCACAUUGGUCAAAGAUUACUGAACUGAAUUCUUUGAAAUUUAUGGACUUGUUCUUCUGUAUGUACAGAAGCAGCAUUUUGUGUUUUUUCUUUGUGCAAGAUGUAAUUUCCUAAGGAAGUUACAGCAACAAUAUCUUUCAAGUUUAGAAAGAGAACAUCUUGUCAUGCAUGUUGCAUGAACCAAAUCUGAUUGCAUCAGCAAUUAUUAUUAUACUUCACUGUACUUCAUGUAUUGGUAGUAAUUAAUGCUCUGGAAACAUGAUAUAUUUUGAUUGAUUUUGAUCAUAGUGAUCAGAAAACUGUAACUGACGUUGUUGUGUACAUAUUGUCAUAAUGGCAAUAAAUCUCUCUGGUAACUCAAAACUGAUCUGUUCUAAGAUCCAAAUGUGUAUCCUUUUUCUAAAAGUUAUGCUUAAGGUCACAAUUUUCCUGUGACAGAUUUAUAAUUCACUAUACAUUAUAUAUUGUUAAAAUAUAAUGCAAUGGUGAUACUUGUUCCCUCUUGAAAGUUAUUGAUUCUUUUGAAUUGAUCUAAAAUCUUAAUUGUCCUUUUGAUGGACAUUUUAUCAUAAACUUCACUUCACCUUAGGUGAAUUUUGAAAAAUUAUCUGUUUUAAGAUCAAUAUGUUUAUGUUUUUAAAGUAAAAGGUUUAUUUAAUGUCACAUUGUCGCAAUUUUCCAGUGACAAUGUAAUUUAAAACUUUGAGAAUCAAUUGAAUUGAAAACUUAUUAAGAGCAAUGUGAUCUGUUCUAAGGUCAGUUUUUAUUUUUUGUUCUCUAAGUGCAAAAGUUUUAAUCCAUUCAUAAAAAAAAAAAUCUGUACUGUGUUGUCAAAUAUUGUAAAUCAUUGUCGUUUAUAAAGACAGCUGUUCCUUUACUCUCUCUGAGUACAGUGUGUCUUGUAGGAAUCUACAAGUUGUUGUUGUGAUGUAUCAUCACCUCUAGUUGGAGUUGUCUCACUUCUUGUGUUGAAUAAACAAACGCU